AUGUCUGGACGUGGGAAGAAAGUUGCACCCAAAGAAAAAACCUCAUUGUCCCGGUCUUCCAGGGCAGGGAUCACUUUCCCUGUAGGCCGCAUUCACAGGCUGCUGAAAAAAGGACACUACGCAAACAGGAUUGGCAAUGGCGCUGCAGUGUAUCUGGGUGCUGUUCUGGAGUAUCUCACAGCUGAAAUCCUAGAACUGGCAGGAAACGCCUGCCGUGACAACAAGAAGCAGCGUAUCGCCCCCCGACACAUCUUGCUGGCAGUGAAAAAUGAUGAAGAGCUCAACAAACUGCUGGCAGGGGUCACGAUGUCAGAGGGUGGUGUCAUCCCAAACAUCCAAGCAGUCCUUCUCCCCAAAAAGACCAAGGCACCCAAGGAUGAUGUCACAGCUAAAGAUGUCCAGUUUUAA